CGGAGUGGGGGUGGAUGUGGGCGGAGUUUCUGCGCAGCUGCUGACACUCGUCAAGAAUUGCGGUGUGGGAUAGCCUGGGAAGUGCGUGAAGAUCUGAGUUGCCCUGUCGAAGAGUGCUUUUGUUUUUUGAAGAGAAAUUCCCCACAAGUAUGCGAGCCGAUCGACACAAGAUGCUAAAGACAUUACUUUGAAAACGCGUCCGCGCAGGGACUGGAAACACCGGAUCAAGUUCUCUCGUUGCAGCAGCAGCAGCCCUACAACAGGAUUAUUCAUAAGAUUUAGAUCUCUCAUCGAUUCGGGCGGCUGAGUGUGUGUGUGUGUCUACAGUACAUGUACGUCAAAACAACGUCUUUUAACACAUAGUUGUAGCAUACGCUUCGUUUGGAGCGAGAGGUGAAUGAGGCGCUUGUGCGCUUUUUAAAACAUUCGCUCCGUUUUCGGACGUUUCUACGGACUGUCCUCGUCUGCGCGCGGGAUAGUGCAAUCAAUCUCAUGUUUAGGUCCAAUAUACAGCUGCAAUUUUAACUGCAAGCCGAUCGUAGUGUUGCAACAACUGGUGCAGGAUUUUAAGAUCUGAACAAUGUAGUUCAUUCCCCGUGGACAGCGCGAGUUUCUGAUGAACAGACUUACACACAUAACACGUUUUCUUUAAAGUUGUUUAUAUGCAUGCAUUCGUGCUUCGUUGCAUUUCGCAUAGAGACGCUUGUGUGUCGUUAUCGUGACACGUGACUUUUUACUUUAAACGCAAACUUUGCCAGUGUUGUGUUGUUGCCUUUUCACACUGAAAACUGAAUAGAAGCAUAACACACAGACGGCGUUUAACGUUACGGUUGGAGAGUAUUUGCCUUUUCCACGAUGUACGAGAGCGUGGACGUCGUUGGACUGACUCCAAGUCCGAACCCAUUUUUGAGCAUGGAUUACUACCACCAGAACCGCGGCUGCUUGAUCCCGGAUAAAGGCCUCGUGUCGGGAGCGGCCCGCGGGUUCAGAAAUUCGCACUGGAGCGGCUCAAAUCACUCUGUGGAUACGCAGAGCACAAGCUCGGAGGAGAUCGUACCCAGCCCCCCUUCUCCGCCACCUCCACCACGGAUCUACAAGCCCUGCUUCGUCUGCCAGGACAAGUCAUCGGGCUACCACUAUGGAGUCAGCGCAUGCGAAGGGUGCAAGGGCUUUUUCCGGAGGAGCAUCCAGAAGAAUAUGGUGUACACCUGUCACAGAGAGAAGAGCUGCAUCAUCAACAAGGUCACCAGAAACCGCUGUCAGUACUGCAGACUGCAGAAGUGCCUGGAUGUGGGCAUGUCUAAAGAAUUGAGCGGCAGAAGCAGCACAUAUAUGACCAAACCACAGCUUACUUCGGUUCGAAAUGAUCGGAACAAAAGGAAGAAGGACGAGAAGAAGCAGGAGUGUUCAGAGAGUUAUGUGUUGAGUCCAGACACAGAGCUGAUGAUUGAGCGAGUGAGGAAAGCUCAUCAGGAGACCUUCCCUUCUCUCUGCCAGCUGGGAAAAUAUACCACAAACAACAGUGCUGAACAAAGAGUCUCUUUGGAUGUUGACCUGUGGGACAAGUUCAGCGAACUUUCCACCAAAUGCAUCAUUAAAACGGUGGAGUUUGCCAAACAGCUGCCCGGCUUCACCACGCUCACGAUCGCAGAUCAGAUCACCCUGUUAAAGGCCGCCUGCCUUGAUAUCCUGAUUCUGCGAAUAUGUACACGGUAUACACCUGAUCAGGACACCAUGACGUUUUCUGACGGGCUGACACUGAACCGAACGCAGAUGCACAACGCCGGCUUUGGUCCACUCACAGAACUCGUAUUCGCUUUCGCCAACCAGCUCCUGCCUUUGGAGAUGGAUGAUGCAGAGACAGGGCUUCUUAGCGGCAUCUGUCUGUUGUGUGGAGAUCGGCAGGAUUUGGAACAGUCUGAUAAGGUGGACAUUCUUCAGGAACCGCUGCUGGAGGCACUGAAGAUCUACGUGAGGAAAAGGAGACCUCAUAAACCGCACAUGUUCCCCAAGAUGCUGAUGAAGAUCACAGACCUGAGGAGCAUCAGUGCUAAAGGAGCAGAACGGGUAAUAACGCUGAAAAUGGAGAUCCCUGGUUCCAUGCCUCCCCUCAUUCAGGAGAUGCUCGAGAACUCUGAGGGCCUCGAGGGUGGUGGCGGGGCGAGAGGUGGAGGAGGAGCUCCACCAGGAAGCUGCAGCCCGAGUUUAUCUCCCAGUUCGGCGCGCAGCAGCCCCUCAGCUCACUCCCCCUGACUGGGACCUCCGGACAUAGGUCCACGCAGAACGAAACUGGUUAGAAACCAGAAAUAAGCCACAGUCAACCAGCGCCAGAGACUAGAAUUCCGGUAGACUUUGAUCCGGGGUGACCGGACCCCGAACCAAACAGUAAAUCUGGCCGGCUUUCAUUAGGUGAAGACCAAUUGAGUACACACAGGCCUGAUCAAAACUCACAGUCAUGACAAAAUUCAGUGAUUACGUGAGCCCCGCAGCUUCUCAUGUUAGGGAACAAGAUUUUCCCUUAAUUUGGAGGCGCGGACUGAAGGAGAACACUCAAAGCGGAGAGCCCCGUGUGCGCGAAGCAGCGUCUCCUAGCGUCUUCCUGACUCCCUUCACGACAAUGUGAAGGCCACGGGAACUUCUUGUCUGAGGGACGAUUCAUCUCGGCCUUUGAUGCUGUUUUAUAAAUUUCAAUUCCUGAGGACACGGAACGCCUAAAGUCAGGGACAUUUUGAACUUUCAAACCAUUUAGGUUUUGUUUCUUUGUUUUCUUACAAAAAGAUAUAUGAAUAUAUGAAAAUCUAUAUUGACAGAAGUAUAAGAUUUGAAAAUUUGUCUUCGAUGGAAUGCAGAACAAUACUUGUAAUGAUCUUUCUCACUUUUCUCAAGAGUUGAAUACAGUUGAGUCAACCCACUGUUAACCUCACUUGGAAAGUGUGUCGUUGUCGUUCUGGAAAUAUUUGUAUGGAGACAAAAACAGGUGAUCCUGUUCACUUUAAUGCACAAGGGCACACUCACACUGAAAAAGACAAGAGAGGCGCAAUGCUGUUAGAGCAGAUGAAUGGUUUGGAGAUAUAUUAUCGUGGCAGACAAAUGAAGGAUCUUCUGUAAAGGAGCGACCUACUCUUGUGAUGUAUUGUGUUAAAGAUGAUCUCAGUUUUAAUGAUGCGGUGAGCUCUGGGUUCCUGUAGCUUUUUAAUAAUGCGUUUUUUCAUUACCUGUCCCCCUCUUCACAGUAUUAGCAGAUUAUAAAGUUUUCCCAAAAUAGUUAUUCACAAAGAAUAUGAUGUCUAUUUUAUUGCACACUAGACCACAAGAACGUCACCACGUCAUUUCUAAAGUAUGACCAACUGUUGAGCGUUUCACACAAUGUUGUGUGGUUUCAUGUCAGGCACACAAGUCCUAAAGCCCAGCCGGUGGUAGCGUUGUAUGUUUUUAGCAAUCUCUACCACAUUCGAGCUGUUUUGAACACCCUGGAAAACUUUCACAUUGCCACAUUUCCCAUAUGUAUCUUACAACAUCACUGCCUCUGCUCUCCUGCAGCAAUCAUUUAUAAGUUGUCAACAACAACCCUGCCUCCGUGUGACAAUCACUUUAUUUCACAAACAACUCUGCCUCUGUAACGCACUGAUCUGUGCCAGGCGUCUGGAUUGGAGAGUUCCCAUACUUUAGUUUUAAAUCCAAUUCAUUUGAUCAGUUAGCAUCAAUGUUUUUACAAUGAUUCCUUAUUGAAUACUUGCGUCAGUUCAGAGUUUUUUUAUUUGUUAAGCAAUUAGAGUACAGAUUUCAGACCAGUGAAAUAAAUAUGUUCUCAUUUAACAUGUCCGCAAGGUUCGUUUGUUCUUUGGAAAAUUUCAAAUCCAGUCUUGUUUCGGCAGAUCAGUGUGAGCAUAUCAUUAUUGUACCAGUUUACAACAGCUCUGCCUCUACAUCACGUCUGCUGAGCCAGUAGCCUUGAACCUUUGUGCAGUGUGACGGUGGAAACGACUUCCUUCUUCACGCGUUCUUUUCUUCCGGCAAGUGAAGCGUGCCCUCUUAUCUAGUGUUAAACUGCAACUAUGCACCAUUCACUUCUAUCUUACUGUUUUAAAAAUCACUUGCCUCUUCCAGUCGAUGGAUGUUGUUGACUUUUUUUUUGUCAUGUACAAAUGUAUGCGUUCACUGCCCAAAGGUUCAUCGCUGUUGAGCCGUAAUAUGUCACAGACCUCAACGGGCCUCCGUUCUCGCUCCAAGGAUGAUUAACAUAUUUCAGAGAUCUACACAACGUACAGCACAAACUCCUGUACUGCUUUAAUGGUUGUUAUACAGUCAAAUGCACAAACAUGUUUCUGUUGUGUCAGGUCCCUGGAUGAUAAAAGUAAUGUUCAAUAAAGACUUCUGAUGUGUGUGUUUCUGA